AUGGCUGUCAAUUACAGCCGAGAGCCGAGCCGCGCUUAUUACAAAAAGCUCGGCGUUCGCUUCGAACCGUCGGCGACGGAGGCGUUGAAAUCGAAGGAGGGAAGGGGAAACGGAAACCCGGAGGAGUUUCGAGGAGAAACGAGGGCUCCUAGAGAUUCGGGUCAGGUGGAGUUGCGCGGAUCCCCACAACCGGCAUGCGCAUCCCGCGCCCCCCUUGGUCUCUCGGCGUGUGGGAAAAAACUAUUGUAUGGGCGAGAAUGA